GAACAUCACUGCUUAAAAGCUGAAUCGCUUCUCUAGCUCUCAAUUUCAGCCUCGGUAAAAUAUGUCUGGAGGUCUGCUCUCAGUGGUCGGUCUGCUGUGUCUGCUGUCCGUUUGCUCGGCCUGUUACAUCUCUAACUGCCCCAUCGGAGGAAAACGAGCCGUACAGGAUUGGCCAUCUCGACAGUGCAUGUCAUGUGGUCCUGGCGAUCGUGGUCGGUGUUUUGGUCCCAGUAUCUGCUGUGGUGAAGGUAUCGGCUGCUUGGUUGGCUCUCCAGAAACACUCCGCUGUCUGGAGGAAGACUUUCUUCCUUCUCCUUGUGAAGCACCUGGAAAAGCUUGCGGUUAUGAGGGACGCUGCGCUGCUCCCCGGGUCUGCUGUGACUCAGAGGGCUGCAGUAUGGAUCAGUCGUGUGUGGAUGGAGACGCUGACGGUCCAGCCCCAGCUCCACCUGCCAGCAGCCAAGAUCUUCUGCUAAAGCUGCUACACCUGUCAAACCACGCCCACCCCUACAGACUCCACCAAUGAAACGCUCACA